CCAUUUUCUUGGUUUUACAGAUCAACAAUGUCUAUCUUACCUCAACGUAGCCAGCCUUUCAGAGCCUUACGCCGUGCCCCAAGUCGCUGCAACUCCGGCCGUUUCCCGGUUUCUUUACGCAUCUACUGCUCCACCACCACCACCACCACUACUACUAAGCCACCGGGCCAACCCCGGCCACUAGUGGUUGAGCCGCCAGUGGUGGGAUUGGAGCCGAGACUCUCGACCAAUGCGGCUGAGUUUGUUAGUACUGCUAAAACGUUGCUCAAUGAUCCUAGCUUGAAAUCAACAUGGUCUCACCGUGCAUGGGUGGCGUGUGGGUGCACCACCGUGCUGGUUUCUCUGGCCAAGUCUGUUGCCGGUGCAACCGUUUCACACGCUUGGUUCGAGCCCAUUUUAGCAGGCUAUAUCGGGUACGUGCUGGCGGACCUUGGUUCCGGAGUCUACCACUGGGGUAUUGACAACUACGGCUCCGCCAAGACUCCGGUCUUCGGAACCCAAAUCGAUGCCUUCCAAGGUCACCAUAAAUGGCCAUGGACGAUCACCCGGCGCGAGUUCGCCAACAAUCUGCACGCCCUGGCGAAGGCGGUGACGUUUGCUGUUCUUCCCAUGGACCUUCUCUGCAACGACCCAGUUUUCCAUGGCUUCGUUGGGGUGUGCUCAGGCUGCAUUAUGUUUAGCCAGCAGUUCCAUGCCUGGGCACACGGCACAAAGAGUAAGCUCCCGCCGCUAGUGGUGGCGCUCCAGGACGCCGGAAUCCUGGUUUCCCGAUCUCAGCACGCGGCACACCACCGGCCACCGUAUAACAACAAUUACUGCAUUGUGAGUGGAGCUUGGAAUGCGGUUUUGGAUGAGCUGAAGGUUUUCGAGGCAUUAGAACUGGUUUUGUUCUUCAGGCUUGGAGUUCGACCCCGGUCCUGGAGCGAACCGGAUUCUGAAUGGACAGAAGAGGAGGAACCUGAACCUGCUUCAUUGCUUACUUAGCAAGGAGUUUGAUUAUUUCAUUUUGGAUUCAUCAUUGUAUAAAUAUUUGCAUUGUUUGUUAAAACAGUGCUUACAAUUGACACAGGAAAAAUGUUCAUGUAUGGUUUUCACAAACUCAAAAAAAUUUCUUUAAUA